UCUCGCACAUGCUGACGACAAAAUGGCGGAAUUCGACUUGACCACGCGAAUGGGACAAUAUUUAGACCGACAUCUGGUCUUUCCAUUAUUAGAAUUUCUGUCAGUCAAAGAGCUGUAUGAUGAAAAAGAAAUGCUUAAAGGAAAGCUGGAUUUACUCAGCAACACCAACAUGGUGGAUUUUGCAAUGGAUGUCCACAAAAAUCUGUAUCCUGGCCAGGAUGUGCCAUCAAAUUUGAAGGACAAAAGACAAAGUGUAGUGGCACAGCUCAAAAGUCUUCAGGCAGAGACAGAAAUGAUUACCAAGAUAUUUGAAGAUCCAGAAGUUGUACGUCAGAUGCAGAGCUCCAGAGAUGGAAGACAAUUGUUUGAAUUUCUAAAUAAAGAUUAUGGGUUUGAAGCGAGGAUGAUAGAUACACUUUACGAGUAUGCCAAGUUCCAGUACGAGUGUGGAAACUACUCCGGAGCAGCUGAGUACCUUUACUUUGUCAGAGUAUUACUGCCCUCCACAGACAAGAACUUCCUGGACACACUGUGGGGAAAGCUUGCCUCAGAAAUCCUCAUGCAGAACUGGGAGACAGCUCUGGAUGAUCUGACUAAACUAAAGGAUAUCAUAGAUAAUAAUACCUUUGGAUCAGCAUUACAGAACUUGCAGCAGAGGACAUGGCUAAUCCACUGGAGUCUGUUUGUCUUUUUCAACCAUCCCAAGGGUCGUGACCUUAUCAUAGAUAUGUUUCUGUACCAGCCCCUGUAUCUGAAUGCCAUACAGACGACCAGCCCUCACAUACUACGAUACCUAACCACAGCUGUUAUCACCAACAAAGGUCGAAGAAGGGCCGUCCUCAAAGAUCUGGUCAAGGUUAUCCAACAGGAGUCCUACACCUACCGGGAUCCCAUCACAGAGUUUGUAGAGUGUCUAUAUGUCAACUUUGACUUCGAUGGUGCCCAGCAGAAACUCAGAGAUUGUGAAGAGGUAUUGGUUAAUGAUUUCUUCCUUGUUGCUUGCCUGGAUGAUUUCAUUGAAAAUGCUAGAUUGCUGAUAUUUGAGACCUUCUGUCGGAUACACGAGUGUAUAAGUAUCAACAUGCUGGCUGAGAAGUUAAACAUGACAUCAGAAGAUGCUGAGAGAUGGAUUGUAAACUUAAUCAGAAAUGCUCGACUGGAUGCCAAGAUUGACUCAAAGCUGGGACAUGUUGUCAUGGGAACACAGGCUGUAUCACCAUACCAACAGGUUAUAGAAAAAACUAAAGGUCUCGCCUUCAGGUCACAAAUGAUGGCCAUGAACAUUGAGAAGAAACUUGGACUCCGUACUGACAGUUUGCCACAGUGGGAUAAAUCUGCAGAGAGUUAAUAGUUACACCACUAAGAAUCAAAAAGACUUUCCGCCAGUCGCAGCAAAUAUUACGUCAGUCACCGCCAGAGAGGGAAUUGUUCAGUUUAAACUGCAGAGACAGUUAAUUUGGACUUUGAUAUGAAGUGCUCUAAAAAGAAACUACAAUUAAAUUAUAUCAAUUGGA